UUUGAUCCGUCACUACUUUCUUUUCUUUUCUUCAGAACCAAAAUUACUCAGAUUUCGAACUUUCCCAUCAACAGUUUUAUACUCCGUUUGCUGGGUUUCGUUUGGUUUCUGACAUCUUUGCUACUCCCACUUUUCCAAUCAGAUGGUGAUAGAUCGUUAUUUAAUAGCUUUGUUUCUGGCUUCUUCGUUUCUUGUUGGCGCCUUGAAUGCCAGUGCUGGUGAUGCCGAUCCACUUUACAGGGCUUGUAUGGCAGAAUGUGAGAAAACUGGAUGUGUUGGGGUAAGAUGCUUUCCACAGUGCAAAUUUCCGUCUGAUGGUGUUGCCAAUGAUGGUCCAUGGUAUGUGCAAGAACCACUCUACUUGAAGUGGAAACAAUGGGAUUGCCAAAGUGAUUGUCGUUACAAUUGCAUGGUUGAUAGAGAGAAAGAAAGAGAAGCAGUUGGUAAUGGACCCGUCAAGUAUCACGGUAAAUGGCCCUUCAAGCGAGUUUUUGGAAUUCAGGAACCAGCUUCAGUAGCUUUCUCUGCACUCAACCUAGCAGUGCAUUUUCAUGGUUGGCUAUCUUUCUUCAUCCUUCUUUACCAUAACUUGCCUUUAAGACAAGGUAAUAAGGCAUACUAUGAAUUUGCAAGUUUGUGGCACAUAUAUGGACUCUUGUCGAUGAACUCAUGGCUCUGGAGUGCUGUUUUCCAUAGUCGUGAUGUGGAUUUGACAGAAAAGUUAGACUACUCAUCUGCUGUGGCGCUGCUUGGGUACUCUCUUAUUUUAGCCAUACUAAGAUGUUUCAAUGUGAGAGUUGAGGCUGCUAGAGUAAUGGUUGCUGCCCCAUUUCUCGCCUUUGUGACUACCCAUAUAUUGUAUCUCAACUUUUAUACCUUUGACUACGGGUGGAACAUGAAAGUUUGUGUAGUAAUGGGGGUUGCUCAACUUCUGAUUUGGUCGAUUUGGGCCGGUGUUACUUGCCAUCCUUAUCGGUGGAAGUGCUGGGUAGUGGUCAUUGGAGGAGGCCUCGCGGUGCUUCUGGAGAUCUACGAUUUCCCUCCUUAUCAUGGAUUCUUCGAUGCCCAUGCUAUAUGGCAUGCCACAACUAUCCCACUCACCUACCUGUGGUGGAGCUUCAUUAGGAACGACACGAAGUUUCGGACUUCCGUCCUCCUUAGGAAGGCUGAUUAGCCGCCCAUGUAAAACUAACAUCAUUCAGUAGCACCUUCACCAUUCACAAAGCCUUUUGCAGGAUCAUUUGGAGAUUGGUUUUUACAUAAUCAUAUUUCCCUGUUAUUCAUGAUGCCGAAAUGGAUUCUUUUGUA